CGAUUUCAAACAUUUUUAGUUUACAUGUUAAAAUUUAUAUUCAUUAAGAGUGAUAACUUUUUUUAUUUCAGCACGUAUACUUGCAUAUAUGCUCUAUAACAAAUGAACCAGUUUUGACAUUAUAUUUGUUUUCACUUUUCAGUAGUUAAGUUGAAAGAUUAUUCACAAUUCUUAUCAGCAAAUUUUGUUUGCCAUGUCCGUUUUUUUUUUUGUUCCAAGAUUUAUAUUAAAGAAGGAGUUUACAGUGGGCCCAAUGGACUUAAGGCUAAAAUAGCUGAUUUUGCAAGUCCGUUUGCCACACAGUUAGCAGAUUGGGGGAUGAAACUGAAAGAUAGGGAAGAGAAGAGAUGUUCAAGGCUCCGUAUGUCUGUAAGGAUGCCUGCGAUCUCGAUCCGUUCCAACACCGUAACGAGGGUGUUGAUGAGGAUUUCUGAGUCUGAUUGAAGGUGUAGCUGUCGGAUUUCCAGUGAGGCGGCUUCGCAAAGUGCGGCUAGGAUCGCCAAAGCUUCAGCUACGAUGGCCGAGGAUACGAAAUGACGCACCGAGGAAUUUUUGAUGAUCACUUUUCCUUGGGGAUUUUGGAUGAUCCACCCCAUUCCUCCGAUUUGUGAGUGUGCAUGCCAAGCUCCAUCAGUCUGACAGGUUGACACCGCAGGGGUGGGAAGAAAGCUAAUCUUCGGGGGAGAUGGGUUCGGUGGAAGGUUGGCGGAGUGCCAAACGGUUGCUUCCCGGACUGCUUUGUCCACUAGUUCCAGUGCAGAGAGGCUCAUCCCCUCGAAUACCAGCUUGUUCCUGGAGGUCCAGAUGAACUAGAGGAUCCAGGGAUAGAUCGGGGUCCCUUGCAAGGGAGACGAUGGGCUAAUUUUGGUGCUGUGAAGGGCUCGGAGGAUGUCUCUAGGGUCCAUGCCAGACAAAAGGUUCUCCGGGUUGGGCGAUAUCGGCGUUGAUCUCCAAACUGAUAUUGUGAAGGGGCAGUCGAACCAGAUAUGGGUGAUGGUCUCCUGUUCUCCGCAUCUUGCACAGCACGUGUUGGCGUCUACCCCCCUCCAGAGAAGGUUAGCUCCCACCGGGAGCGCUCCGUUCAGGGAUCUCCAGAAGUGAUGCUUGAUUUUGUUGGGGGCGUGAAUGUUCCAAACAUAUUGGUAACCAUACUAGCUUGUCCGGAGGUUUUGUUGUGCUCGGGAUCAGCAAUUUGAUGGUAUCCACAUAUUGAGGGGGACCCAUCGGAGCUUGGGAGAUCUUCGUAGACAGCCACGGUUCAGACCAGACGUUGAUGUCUUGCCAUGUCCGUUUAUGUUAAGGUUCUUCUACUAUGAUUUUUCAAAUAUAAAACAAUAUUCUGCUCUGCCACAUACUAUGAUAAUUAAGACAGAUUUUGAUCCGAAGUCUCCCCCCAUUUGUUGAUAAUGAAAGUUAAAGAAUGAUAUGGAUUGCGUGAACAAUAGUCUUUGCAUGGAUUUAUUAUUAUUGACGUAUAUAAUCCACUAAGUUUUUGUUUUUUAUUGGUUUUUUUGUAUCCACGUCUAAGAAGUUAG